UGCCUCUUAAAUUCACUCCAUGACAGGAACUCUCCCAGCUGCAAGGAUCCUGCGACUGAGCAACUACCAAACAAUAAAAUCUCCCGUCAGUCGCAUUUAUCCAAGGUCACAACUCCCGCCAACCUUUCGAGCACCCCAUAACAGAUCAAAGAAACCUCGAUAUAUACCUCUGCGCCGAAUCUUCCCCGGUCCGCCUCUCCAGGGACAAACCCUCGAUACUGAUUAUUUCAUUGCCUUUCACGAUCAAAGGAACAGGAGCGUCGGCGGGGAGGAUAACACCAAGCUGCCGCCUGAGCACCAUCUCUUCGCGGGAUACAGUAAAAUGAAGUGCUGGGUCCAGAUUCUGAGCACUCCUACGGCGGAUACACCUGGCACUACACUCCUCCUUCACUUCGACAGCAAGAGGUACUUGAUUGGCAAUGUGGCGGAGGGGACACAACGUGCAUCGGUACAGAGGAAGCUUGGGUUGACGAGGGUCGGGGAUAUUUUUUUGACUGGCACGGUGGGAUGGGAGACUGCGGGCGGGCUUCUGGGGAUGAUUCUCACUCUUGCCGACUCAACUACCACUUCCAAUGAGGGGAAGAGGGAGAAUAGGAAGAAAGGGAGCGAGAAUAAUGUGCCGGUGGAGAGGAGCUGGUUGAAUGUACAUGGUGGGAAGAACUUGACUCAUUUGCUGGCGACAGCGAGGCGCUUUAUAUUCAGGAAGGGCAUGCCACUCCUUACAAAUGAGCUCACAGAGAAGGCGGAUCUGAAAAGGAAAGAUGGGGAGCCAACAUGGAAGGAUGAUAGGAUUAAGGUAUGGUCUAUGGUCAUUACCCCCGAAGGUCGAAGCGCGAGGAAGAGAAGUCAUGAUGAAUUUGCGGAGUCAACUCUGCUAGAGUCUGCAGAUGGCAAACAGGAGACUCUGGAACAGCAAGAAGAUCGACACGACCAGAUGCGGAAAGCGGUUGUCUCUAAUAUGUUCGAUUCAGACUGGCGGUUGGAUGCUCUCAUCAAGAGGAAGCUUUCUGAGGUGAAGAGACCCGCUGCAAUAUUUUUCAGAGAUGAGAAUGGCACGAUCCAAAGAUAUCAUGGCCCGACAGUGGACGAAGACCCUUCUGUCCCAGACAUCGAUGUACUUGUCCGGAAUCCAUGGCCCGGAGCAAUGAUCGAGACGCUACCUCCCACCACGCCAUCCACAAGUUCAGUAUGCUAUAUAAUGAAGAACUACCCACAACGAGGAAAGUUCAAUCCCAAGGUGGCUAAAGAGCUAGGAGUUGUACCUGGCAAAGAUUUCAGGGCAUUGACGGAAGGAAAAAGUGUCACGACUCCGGAUGGCAAGAUUGUAACCUCUGAUCAAGUUCUGGCUCCGGGCAAGGAAGGUGGUGGAUUUGCAAUCAUUGAAUUACCAGACGAGUCAUACAUUGGACCGUUGCUUGCUCGUGAAGAAUGGUCCUCGAAGGAGAUCAUGCCUGGCGUCGGAGCUGUUAUUUGGAUUCUUGGACCUGGCAUAGUCGAAGACCCGAGGUUGCAAAAGUUCAUGAAGGAGCACAGCGAGAUGCAACACAUCGUGUCUUCCAAGGACUGCUGCUCCAAUUAUCUCGCCUUGGAGUCUCCUGCCAGCGCGGCUAUUCGAUUGCACCUUCUUGACUCUGAACGCUUUCCGAUCCCAGUGCAUAGUAAUGAUGUGCCAUUACCAAACGCUGAAGGCCCACGUCCUUAUACAAAGGCAAGAGCUGGCCUAACUUUGCAACUCGAGCCCAAGCUUGAGAUUCAAGACGAAACUAUUAUUCAACAUCUUGACACCGCUGCCGUUAUUAAGGAAAUGCCGAAAGAAGUACUUAAACUAGCGAAGACAGCUCGUGAAGAAGUCAAGAGUGCUGAGUUCCAAGCCAGGCUCGAUGAGAAUCAGCAAGAUAUUCCCAGCAAAGACGCCGAAGUUAUUACACUUGGUACUGGUUCCGCAUUGCCGUCGAAGUACCGGAACGUGUCAGCCACACUACUUCGAGUGCCGGGUUUUGGCAGCUACUUGUUUGAUUGCGGAGAGAACACGUUGGGUCAGCUCCGGAGAGUAUUCGGCGACACGUUACCUGAGGUCCUCCGCGACUUGAAAGUCAUCUGGAUCAGCCAUCUUCACGCCGAUCACCAUCUCGGUACAGCAUCAGUCAUCAGAGCAUGGGCAAAAGAAACCAUGAAGGAAGGCUCAACAAAAGACAACAAACUCAUUGUGGCGUCUGAUGAUGGUAUGAUCAAUUGGCUCAAGGAGUACUGCGAAGUCGAAGACUAUGGUCAAGAUCGAGUUGAGCACAUCAUCCUGAAUCCUGCCAGUGGCUACGAUCACCAAUUCAAUCCUGAGGAAACGCAAAGAGUUGGUCUUUCUUCAAUUCAAGCUUGCCCCGUAGAGCACUGUCACGGCGCUCUUGCUGUUGCUUUCGCUCUCCCCAAUGGGUUCAAAGUUGCCUACUCAGGAGACUGUCGACCCUCACAGCGAUUCGCCAAAAUCGGCGAAGGAGCAACUCUCUUAAUCCACGAGGCUACAUUUGACGAUGAACUCCAAUCAGAUGCGUACGCGAAGAAGCAUUCGACUACGGCAGAGGCAUUGGCAAUUGGGAAGAAGAUGAAUGCCAGACGCAUCCUGUUGACUCACUUUUCACAACGAUAUCAAAAGAUCCCGGUCAUGGAUAGUCAUGGUGGCAAGGAUCAAGUCGCUAUUGUUGCUUUUGAUUACAUGCGGGUCAAGGUAGGAGACUUUGCCAAGCUGGAAGCCUUCAAACCUGCACUAAUGAAGCUUUACGAAAACGAGGAAGCUUGAACUUUGAACGCGAAUUCAUUUCACUUCUGGCAAUUAUUUAGACUUGAUUGAGUGUAUGGAAAAGCGUUAGCAUUGAAAAUCAUGGGCAAGGUUUUAUUAAGUUACUGCAUAGCAUUAAGGUCACCGGUUUUGUAAGAUAUUGUAUGUAUUAGAUGAUACCAGAAAAAAAUCUCUCUAUUCAAAGAAACUGC